GCAGAAUUCUUGCGCACAUGAACAAGGACCACAAGUUGGCCAUUGAGGAUCUUCUUGUGCACUAUGCCGGCAUCCCCAUCACGGAAGAAGUGUCGCAAAUCAAGUUGAAGGAGAUUAGCACGAUCUCAAUGACCAUCUCGUUUCACCACGAGGGGCUUGACACCGAGGUCUUGAAGCCCAUUCCGUUUGAACCACCGAUGACCAGUUUGGACGGGGAGGCGAGAACGCGCCUUGUGGAGUUGGCCAAAACGGCGGCGACCGCCAGAGGCUUCUCCCACAUCCAAAUCAACCAGUACGUCUACCCAAACAGUUUAUUGGAGUACUUUUUGUUGCUGGUAUUGCUCUAUAUGGGCUCUGUCUACUACCGGUGGGAUGCCUCCAAGGAUAUUCCGGUAUGGUUUCCGUUGUUCAGCAAUUACGGAAAGAUUAUAAUCGGUGUUCUUGCUGUGAUCCACGUGGUGGAAAUCAGGUUUGUGUUGUUGCCGUUGUUGCGCAAGUACAGAGUCCCAACCGACUACAAAUUGGAGUGGAUCAUUGCGACACUGUUGGAGGGCAUGUUUUCCAUUCAGAGGUUGCAAAAGUUAAUUUGGCAGGCGGAGAACCAUGGAAGAAACACCAAGCAAUAGGUAUGAGCUAAGCAGACCGGAAGGCACAAAUCCCUGUGUAGGUUCUACAGCUUAUCCGUCUAUGGCAGUGAGGUUAUACUUUACGAAUAACAGCGAUUUGGUUAUUGUCUCUGUUUAAAGUGGGUGUUUUCUACAAUAUUGAUU